GUUCAGUUGAGUGGUUUGGUGUUCAGACAAAGUGACUCUGGUGUUCAGACAAAGUGACUCUGCUAGCUGUCGCUAUGGGGUUCCUCUUCAGAUGGUUGCUGUUGUCUGUGCUAGCUGUUGGGGGAAAUCAAGCAAAUUUUCGCGUUAUUAGAUCUACUGAGGAGUAUGGAGAUGAUGUGCCAGUUGCAGGCUAUCGCCCAGAUUCAAGUGGCUUCAACAUUGGAGACGGGUCUUCAUCUAGCACUUGGCCGCACGGUGUUGCUUCAACCUCAAAUGCAUACAAGCCACAGGUGACUGUGUACGGUCAAAAGCUUCAGUUGCCCCAGCAGCCAAGCUACCCUCCCCAACAGCCGGAGCUUCAGUUGCCCCAGCAGCCAAGCUACCCUCCCCAACAGCCGGAGCUUCAGUUGCCCCAGCAACGCUACAGAGCCCAGCAAUGGUAUGUUCCACAGCCAAAACUGCCCCAGAAGCCAGAGCAACAGCCUGAACGGCAGUUGCCCCAGCAACAGCUGCCCCAGCAAAAGCUGCCCCAGCGUCAGUUGCCCCAGCAGCCAAGCUACCCUCCCCAACAGCCGGAGCUUCAGUUGCCCCAGCAGCCAAGCUACCCUCCCCAACAGCCGGAGCUUCCAAGCUACCCUCCCAAGCAGCCGGAGCUACAGUUGCCCCAGCAGCCAAGCUACCCUCCCCAGCAGCCGGAGCGUCAGUUGCCCCAGCAGCCAAGCUACCUUCCCAAGCAGCCGGAGCGUCAGUUGCCCCAGCAGCCAAGCUACCCUCCCAAGCAGCCGGAGCGUCAGUUGCCCCAGCAGCCAAGCUACCCUCUCCAGCAACCGGAGCUUCAGUUGCCCCAGCAGCCAAGCUACCCUCCCAAGCAGCCGGAGCCUCAGUUGCCCCAGCAGUCAAGCUACCCUCCCAAUCAGUUGCCCCAGCAGCCAAGCUACCCUCCCCAACAGCCGGAGCGUCAGUUGCCCCAGCAGCCAAGCUACCCUCCCCAACAGCCGGAGCGUCAGUUGCCCCAGCAGUCAAGCUACCCUCCCAAGCAGCCAGAGCUUCAGUUGCCCCAGCAGCCAAGCUACCCUCCCCAACAGCCGGAGCGUCAGUUGCCCCAGCAGCCAAGCUACCCUCCCCAACAGCCGGAGCGUCAGUUGCCCCAGCAGCCAAGCUACCCUCCCCAACAGCCGGAGCGUCAGUUGCCCCAGCAGUCAAGCUACCCUCCCAAGCAGCCGGAGCUUCAGUUGCCCCAGCAGCCAAGCUACCCUCCCCAACAGCCGGAGCUUCAGUUGCCCCAGCAGCCAAGCUACCCUCCCCAACAGCCGGAGCUUCAGUUGCCCCAGCAGUCAAGCUACCCUCCCAAGCAGCCGGAGCGUCAGUUGCCCCAGCAGCCAAGCUACCGUCCCAAGCAGCCGGAGCUUCAGUUACCCCAACAGCCAAGCUACCCUCCCAAGCAGCCGGAGCUUCAGUUGCCCCAGCAGCCAAGCUACCCUCCCCAACAGCCGGAGCGUCAGUUGCCCCAGCAGCCAAGCUACCCUCCCAAGCAGCCGGAGCGUCAGUUGCCCCAGCAGCCAAGCUACCCUCCCAAGCAGCCGGAGCGUCAGUUGCCCCAGCAGCCAAGCUACCCUCCCAAGCAGCCGGAGCUUCAGUUACCCCAGCAGCCAAGCUACCCUCCCAAGCAGCCGGAGCCUCAGUUGCCCCAGCAGCCAAGCUACCCUCCCAAGCAACCGGAGCUUCAGUUGCCCCAGCAGCCAAGUUACCCUCCCCUACAGCCGGAGCUUCAGUUGCCCCAGCAGCCAAGCUACCCUCCCCAACAGCCGGAGCUUCAGUUGCCCCAGCAGCCAAGCUACCCACCCAAGCAGCCGGAGCGUCAGUUGCCCCAGCAGCCAAGCCACCCUCCCAAGCAGCCGGAGCUUCAGUUGCCCCAGCAGCCAAGCUACCCUCCCAAGCAGCCAGAGCUUCAGUUGCCCCAGCAGCCAAGCUACCCUCUCCAGCAACCGGAGCUUCAGUUGCCCCAGCAG